ACCACAGGCUGGAACAAAUGCACUGUUGGGAAAAUUGUGUGAAAACUUACUUUUUGAAAUUUUUCUCUUUUAAGACAAUGUUGUAGUCGACCUUCACAGUUAACUGGAUACAGAAAAACUGCGCUGGAAGUUCUUAAAAUACUGAGAAAUCGAGAAAAGAGGAAGUGUGAGUCCUCCCACAGAACCAAACCGAGAAGCAGACUCGUAGGACAGAAAAACAGCAGCUGAAAACAGAAGAGAGACUCUGCAGUGACUCUUGAGCUCAACAAGAAGAGAAACAUGGGGAAAUUACUUCUGGCUUUCCUCGUUGUUGUUCUCUGUGUAAGCGGAACGCAGCAGCAAAAAGAGAAAUGGAGACAAAGAAAAGAAAACCGCUCCAUGGUUGUUGUUCCUGUGCCCAGAACAUUUAAUGGGGUCCUAGUCAUUCAGCCGCAACCCGUCCUAAAUGGGACUCGGGCUCCCCUUUUAACUUAUUCUCCUCCAGCUCUGCAGUCACUCAGCAACAGCACAGUGGGCUACCUCCGUGGCACUCUGAGCACUCGGGUCAUCCCCAUCAUUUAUAUGAUGGUGGUUAUUGUCGGGGUUCCAGCCAACAUCAGCAUCUUAUCCUUGCUGGCGACUAAAAUUCGAAAGGUAUCUUCUGCCAUCCUCUACUGCAGCCUGGCUGUCUCCGACCUCCUCCUCCUCCUCUCCCUCUUCUUUAAGGCUCACUACCAUUUCCAUGGAAACCACUGGGUUCUCGGAGAGACUGCCUGUCGAGUGGUCACAGCAUGUUUCUAUGGCAACCUCUACUGCUCGGCCCUGACGCUGGCUUGCAUCAGCAUAAAGCGCUACCUGGCGGUGGCGUUCCCGUUCAAGUACAAAAGUAUGCCCAAGAGGAUGUGCACUGCCUGGGUGACCCUGGCACUGUGGGGGGUGUUCGGUGCCGCCAUCAUCCCAGAGCUCCUCGUCCAGCAGAGCUACUGGCUCCCUCAGCUCAACCGCACAACCUGUCACGAUGUGCUGCCCCUGGACUACAGCUCUCAUGUCUUUCUGAUCUACUACAACCUGAUUCUGACCGUGCUCGGUCUUGUGGUGCCACUUGUGGUUACAGUCGUGUGUUUUGUCCGAAUUAUCAACGAGCUCACGAGAUCGCACUUCGACUGGGCGAUGUAUAUCAAGGCCAGCUCACUGGUGUUUGCCAUCUUCCUGGUGUGCUUUGUGCCCGCCGGAGUCCUGCACCUUCUCCAUUAUGUGCAACUGUUUGUGGACCGAACAGAAAGUUUGUACGCCUACUUUAACGUGGCAGUGUGUUUGUGCUGUGUCCAUGCCUGUCUGGAUCCCUUCUUCUUCCUUCUCAUGUCCAAGUCUGCAGGCUCCAGGCUUUACUUUAUGAUUUUCAAGGGCAAGACACUGAGCAUAUCUUUCUAAUGGGAGGCUAAAUGUGAUUAUUAUAGUUCUUAUUUUUUGUAAUUGAUGAUGAGGAAAAUGUUCUCCUUGGCUGGAAUCCAAAGAGAAAUCAAAAGCACCUGUUGUACUCAUUUUAAACUAGAAAUGGAUUUCACCAUUGUUGCAUUAACCUUAUUCUAUGAGUCAGAAUUGUUUUUUUAAUAUAGCAGUUCUGUUUUGUGCGUGUUUGUGACACACAUACACAAAACAGAACUGCUAGAUUAAAACCUGGAAAUGAGCUUGAAAAGAAGACAGAAAACAAAUGUAUAUGUACACUUGUCAAUGUGCGGUAAAUUGGCAAGUGUCUUUAAAAAAAAUUACUGUGACACAUAGAAUAUAAGCAUUAUGGUCUUCUGUUUGGUUGCUAUCAUAAUGUGUUUUAGUGUAACUACUGUAGUUUGCAUAAACGGUUUAAAAUGUAUGUACAUCCUUGCCCAUGUUCCCUCAGUUUCUUUUCUCUAUAGUCUUCACAAUAAUUUUGCUACUAUUUGCUCUGUAUGCAGAAUGCUGUUGUAUUCAACAUUUUAACACCCUGAAGUUUUGCACUGGAGGUUAAAGGUCAUGAUGGUCCCUAGCUAAACCUUAAAAACAUCACAUAUUGCCAACAUUUGAGCUCUAUGUACAAAAUAAAUAAAAACUUGCCAAUAAUAUUUAUACUUGCGGAAAAAAAAUGGCACAUUAUCAAAUUUAAUUUCCUGUAUUUUUACAGCAAUUUGUUAGUGUAUAUAUUAUAUUUUUAUAGUACAUGGAUGUGUGGAGAAGAUGAAGGGAUUAUAUUAAUUUUGAAUAAUACAUAUAAUUUCUCUUAACAGAUUUUUUUUUUUAAUUGUUUAGAAUCUGAACUGGGGAAGAAAAGAAAAAUGUGAAGCAAACUGAUACAAGAAAAAUAUUUCCAAAGCUUUU